AUGAAUUGGUCAUCAAAUAAAUUUUAUGAAGGAAAAUUAAUUGCUGAUAAAUCAGUUAAAAAUCAUUUAUUAAAAGAUUUAAAAAAUAUUUCCAAGAAAGAAAAUGAUGAUGAAAAUUUAUCUGAAUGUUCAUUAUUUUUAAUUGAUACAAAUGGUUAUGAUAUGAAAGAAAUUUAUUUUGAUGAUGAAAAUUCACGUGGAAAUGAAGGUGAAGUUGAACUUGUUAAUAUUCGUAUAAAUGAAUUAAUUGAAAAUUAUUCUCUAUCAAUUGAUCAAAUUGGUAUAAUAACACUAUAUUAUUUACAAGUACAAUUAUUAAGAGAAAAACUUUUAAAUAAAUAUCCAAAUUUAGAAAUUAAAUCUGUUGAUAGAUUCCAAGGAAGAGAAAAAGAUAUUAUUAUUAUUUCAAUGGUUAGAUCAAAUUUAUAUGGUUAUUUACUUUUAUUUUUAUUUUUACAAAAAACGAGAUCUUUUUCAUUUUUAGGUGAAGUUGGAUUUUUAUCAGAUAGUCGUCGAAUAAAUGUUGCUAUAAGACGUGCACAUAGACAUUUAUGGAUUUUUUGUAAUGCACAAACAGUUACUCAUGAUCCAUUUAUUAAAAGAUUAAUUGAUUAUAUGAUUCAACAUGGACAAGUUCAUUCAGCAUUUGAAUUUAUUGAUGAUGAUUUAUCACCAUUUUAUAGACGUUAUGUACAUCAAUUUGCUGAAAAACAUAAUUUACAACAUAUUAAUGAAGAUCUUGAUCAUCAAAGACAUAUUAUUAUUAGAAAAAAUAUUCCAAUUGAAAUGAAAAUGAUUACAAAUGAAGAAGAAGAAGAAAAUAUCAAUAAAAAAUUUUGUUCAUUUUCUAUUGAAUUAUCUCCAAUAGUUGAUAAAACAAAUCUUUGUCGAUAUUGUCAUAAAGAUAUUCCAUCACAAAAUCUUCAAUUAUAUGAAUUAUAUUGUCAACGUGUUAAUCCAUUAUCUUCAUUAUCAAUUUCAACUAAUCAAACUUCUGAAAAAAAUUCUCCUAAACUAAAUAUUGCUUCAGAACAUCCAAAAACUGUUAAGAAAAAAGCAAAUAAAUUAUCAUUAAUGGAUUCAAAUGCACCAAUUGAUGAUUUAUUAGAAGCAGAUCAUCAACAAGAUAAUAUUUGUAAUGCUCAAAAAUGUAAAAUAAAAAUAAUUUUAUUAGGAUAA